CACUGGCUGUCAUCACAAAGAGGUGUUGGACAAUUCAUCACAGACGUCCCUUCUCAGUUUGUCGGCUCUUCUCCACAAGUGAGUGUGUGGAAGAUGAUGAGGCCAAAAGAUCUACGCCAGGGCUCUGGUACCAAAACCUUCCUAGAUGCAAUGCACGGCGGUAAAGUCCACCUCGCGCGCUUCAUCCUGGAUGCCUUGGAUGGACGCAUCAUCAACUCAAAAACUGAGAAUAGUCGCACCCCGCUUAUGUAUGCUGUAUGCCUGCAAGACCCUGGGACCAGAACCAAGUUCACGCAGCUGCUGCUGGAGAAAGGGGCAAAUGUCAAUUGUCAGGAUGAGGAUGGCCGCACAGCACUGAGCCAUGCCUGUGAGGUGGGUCACUUGGACGUCAUCAAACUUUUGGUGCAGUUCAGUGCCGACCCAGAUGUCACUGAUGCUUGGGGAAACAGUGCCCUCAUGUACGCUGCCUUUUCUGGACAUAGUCAGGUGCUGGAGUUCCUGGUGAGGGCUUUCAAAAGACUGGGGCUGGGGUUAGACAGGACCAACAAUGCUGGACACUCAGCUAAAGAAAUAGCCAACUUUUUUGGGCACAACCAGUGCGUCCAGAUAUUGAAUUUUCCUUGCAGAAAGGGUGUUUGCAGAGAUGAUCCACCUGCUGAUGAGUUAAAAGCUGUUGAAGUAGAGCGCCGCCUUCCAAAUAGGCUUCCGAGGCAUGUUCUUGAGAGGUUUUCCAAGCAAUCAACAGAUGAAGAGCAACUGCCAGAUGUGUUUCAGGGACAGACAAAAACAGGAGAAAGCACUGGACUGCGGAGUCGCUUCAGGUGUCCCAGGAGUCAGUCUCAAGAGUAUAAUCACUGCAACAGCUGGGUUCUGCCUCCUCAGAUAGAGAAAAGUCCAACUGAGGAGGAUCACAGCAUUCUCAUCACAGCCAAACAGCUGCAAAACUGCCAGAUUAGAGAGUUAAAGGGGUCAAAAUUAAUGAACUUUGUUCCUGAGCAAAGCCAGAGAGACAUCAGUCGAGAUGUUCGCCUUCCAGAGCAAAAGCAAGAGAUUUUUCCUCUCUGGGGAAAGGCAAAAUCGUUUAACCUGGACCUUCUGAGCAGCAGAAAGCAGUCCUAUCAGGGUGAUGUACGUGACAUGAGGCUGUCAGCCAGCAAAUUAAAGAGAGCCUCGCUACAGGAUGACAGAUGCCUGAUAGACAAGAUUGAAUGUCAAGGGAAACCCCCAGCUCUGAUAAAUGAAGGCAGCAAAAUUGCUUCAGCACCAAAACCUUUUUUGAACAGCAUGGCUCAGCCUGGGAAAGCCCUCCCAGAGAAACUCAAAUCUGAAAAAGAAGAAGCUAACGAGAGGGCAACAUUAAGCCGAAGAGGGCAACAGAAGAGAGGAAGCCUCGGCUCAGUGUCCCGACACAACAAACUCCUUUUCCCCAGGGAGGAGAUUGAGUCGGAGAAGUUCCCGAGCCAUACCCCAGGGUUCAUGGGCCUGGGGACCAGACUGCUGCGUCGGUUCACUGCUCCAGAGUUUAUGAGGAUGGUGAUCGACUGUUCCUCUGGCUCCUCAAACGGAAGAGGUCGAAUGUCUCGCUCUGAAACCUACCCUCUGUCAAACACACACCAGCAGGUCAACAGUCAGCCGAGCGUUGACAGCAUCAGCGCUGUGAAGUGUGAGUUUGAAAGCUACUCGUCUCAGUCUACAAUCGGUUAGACAAAGAUUUAUUUCUAAAAACAGAAUGCCUGCUCAUGUUGCUUAUUUUUUGCACUUGAUUUCUAACAUUUUCAAUUCUAAGAUAUCUGAUGGUUUGAUGAAAAAAAAUUAAAAAGAAUACCUUUCUUUUGUUACCUUUUGAAGAUUUUCAAUAUGAGCAUAAAAUGUUAAAUGCAAAUGGCUCAUUUGCAACAGGAUGUGCCACCAUAUAUGAAAAAUGUAUAAUUUCUUUAUAGAUUUCCUUUUCCAUUUUGCAUUUACAUCACAUGGACCAAAAUGGGAAAAAAAUGCUUUUGUGUCUUGAAGAAAAUAUGUAUUUUGCUUUAAAAAAUCUGUGACUGUACAUACUAAAUGCCUAAUAAAACAGUAUAACCUCUUCAGUUUUUGUCCCAUUCAUUUGCAUUUUUCUUCUCAUAUACAAAUAAUUAAAUCAUAUCACAUUUAGAGUUCUGUAUGCAUUAUUUAUUGAUUUAUACAAAAUUUAAACGCAUUGCUCUCUUUGUCAUGAAUGAUCCACACAGGAAUAGAAACACACAAAACAAGUGUAUCCGUGUCGAAUUACAAAGACUAUGUGCAAAGUUUGAACUGGGCAGGAAGGUGUCCUG